AUGGAUGCAGCAACCGUUCGAACGCUCGUGGAAGCAGCAGUCGCUGCAGCCCUGCAGAAUCCAGCAGUUCUCCAAGCGUUGCGUCCUCCUGACAACGCAGGAGGAGGACAGGCCGCUUUUGCAGUCACCCCAGCUGGUACAGGCGACGUCGCAUGGGACUUCACGUCAGGAACCGGCUUGAAGAUAUUCAUGGCCGCGACAGCACCCUUCAAGACUCCGUAUGACGGAAAAGAAUCCACCUUACGUGACUUCCUUCGCAAGGUGUUCCACCGAGCGGAGGCUUUCGGUUGGAUCUCCAUCCUAUGCGUGAACGACGAAAGAGGAGUAUCUCGCAACCUCACCAAGGAGUAUGGUUGCCUUACCUCAGAACUUGUCAAAGCUCACGCCCUUGUUUAUCUGCGUCAGAACAAUCGCAACCACCAGGCGUCAGCUUGUUUGAGGCAACUGAUCAUUGGAUCAAUUUCCCCCAAAUUGGCGGAUCGUCUCAACAACCGAAAGGAGCAUUUCACGAUCAACGCAGCUGCGGCCGUCCUGCCUGAUCAACCAGCACCAGCCCCAAUCCCCAAGGAAGACGGUACCUGUAUGCUCUACGAGAUCAUUCGCAUGGUAUCAGUCGAGACAAAGGCGACGGUUGCCCUCAUUACAAAGCGACUAGCCAAUCUCGAGGUAGUCAUGGAAGAGUGCAAGUCCGACAUUGGUAUGUUCAAUGACGUCGUCGAUGAACUGAUCUCCCAACUCCAAGCUCGCAACGAACCAGUCCCACGCAUGCUGAACCCACUCUUCGACGGAUACAGUAACUGUGCCGAUGCAGAAUUCACAAGGUACAUGGCUUGGAAGCAGGUCUGUUAUGAAGACGGGACACUGGAGAUCGGAUACACUGCACUCAUGGUGUCGGCUCUAGAGAAGUACAAGAUCCUCAAGGACAGGAAGCAGUGGCUCAAGAAGACUGAUCAAGAGAUGGAGAUCAUCACACUCAAGGCUGAGGUGACCAGACUCAAGACGUCUCCAGCAACCAAGUCAGUAGCCUCUGCUCGAACCACAGGAGCGGCUACCAAGGACGACAAGUCCAAAGCGGCAGACAAGCACGCUUGGAAGUUAGUAGGACCAACGGAGGGAGAGCCGCAACAGAAGACGGUCAAUGGCAAGAAGUACAUCUACUGCCCCUACCAUCACACUACCAAGUGGGUCCUCGAGGUCAACAACAAAGGAAUUAUCCAUCGAACAGGUUGUGAGAAGAUGAAGGAGGCUUUGUUAGCCGCAAAUGAAAAGAAGAAUGCCGAGCCAGAACAAGAUGCAACUGCCGCGGCACUUACCAACGCAAUCGAGGACACCGGAACCAACGUUCUACCGAUCGAGGACGAACAACUCUGA